GCCUUUAUUAGCUUUUCUUUCUUUCCUUUUCAUUUUUGCUUUGCAAAGUUUUGCAGCUGUACAGAAUUGACCUGACAGAGAGAACAGAGGAGAAUGAGAGACAUGUAUGUGGUCCCACCUCCUCCGGAUCCGGCUGGCGGAGGUACGGUAGACUCCGCUGUUGAUGGUGACGAUGGGGAGGGUCUAAUGACUUACCAGACAUGGAAAGGCAGUAAUACAUUUUUGCUUCAGGGGAGGCUUAUAUUUGGACCGGAUGCAAGAUCUAUUCUGUUAACCAUCUUUCUUAUUGUGGUUCCAGCUGUUGUUUUCUGUGUCUUCGUAGCAAGAAAGCUGAUAGAUGAUUUUUCUCAUCACCUGGGAAUAUCAAUAGUAGUCUUUGUCGUUUUUCUGACAUUACUAGAUUUAACCUUUCUUCUGCUAACAUCAGGAAGAGAUCCUGGUAUAAUACCUCGUAAUGCUCAUCCUCCAGAGCCGGAAGGUUAUGAAGGGAACACUCCACUUACUCCUGGCCAAACCCCACCUUUCCGUUUGCCACGCACAAAGGAUGUCAUCAUCAAUGGGAUAACUGUGAAGACCAAGUACUGUGAUACCUGCAUGCUUUAUAGGCCCCCACGAUGUUCUCACUGUUCCAUAUGCAACAACUGUGUGGAAAGAUUUGACCAUCAUUGCCCUUGGGUUGGUCAGUGUAUUGGAUUGCGGAACUACCGGUUCUUCUUCAUGUUUGUCUUUACUUCAACAAUUAUUUGCUUAUAUGUACACGCAUUUUGCUGGGUCUACAUUAAGAGGAUCAUGAAUAGCGAGGGGACGUCAAUUUGGAAAGCAAUGUCUAAGACUCCUGCCUCUAUUGCUCUAGUGAUUUACACCUUUAUUUCAGUUUGGUUUGUUGGUGGUCUUACCUUGUUCCAUUCAUACCUCAUCAGUAAAAAUCAAUCUACUUAUGAGAAUUUUAGAUACCGGUAUGAUGGGCUAGCUAACCCAUUUGACAGAGGAUUGAUUGAGAACUUCAAGGAGAUAUUUUGCUCUAGCAUCCCUCCAUCUAAGAACAGUUUCAGGGCAAAAGUACCAAAGGAACCUGCCAUUCCACCUAGAAUGGUAGCUAGUAGUUUUGUCAGUUCAAGCGUGGAAAAAUCUGCCGGUGACAUAGAAAUGGGGAGGAAGCCAGUGUGGGACGAGGCUUCAGGAGAUGAUGAUUAUAAUGGCACAGCAAGAAAUGAUGACAGUCUGCAUGAGGAUCGUGGAUUGCCUGAUGUCUCUCCAGAUUUAAGCAGGAUCCUCCCCCCUCAGGGUAUGGAAGGGCGCAGCGUCAUGCAUUCCAGACGAUCUAGUUUGGGUAGAAAAAGUGGCAGCUGGGAUAUAUCACCUGAUGUUCUUGCUUUAGCAGCUGGAACAGGGGAAUCAAAGCGGAUGGCUAGUGGCAGUGGUGACAACUUGACAUCAGAUGCCCAACAGUCUAAGAGGCAUACUAGGUUGUAAAAUGAAAAGAAGAUUGAUUAUACGAGACAAAAAAAAGAAAAAAAAAAAGAAGUGUUUCUAUUGUAUUGGCUGGCCAUUACCCCCCCCCCCCCAACCGUACUUUCUUCCUUGUUUAUAAUGAUCUGUUUCAAUGGGUUUGCGGUUUUAGUUGUUGUAAUUGUGUCAUACUUUUUUGGUGGGCACCUUUGCCUGUGCAUGAGUAGAAGUGAUUCCUAAUUUUAAUGUUUUGCCA